UCUUUUAGUUCUUGGUGGCUGUGUACUUACAUGGGCUGUCAAAAAUAAACCAUCGUUUUCGAUGACCUGAUUAAGGUUCCAAAUAACGAACUCAAUCUCGCGUAGAUUUCUGUUAAAGAGAAACUUUUCGUUCGUUUUGGAAUUCCAUAUCACAAUUUUUUUAUACCCUAUUCAGACACAUGCGAUCUAUUGAUAUGUAAUUCGUCGAUGAGUAUCAGUCAUGAAGCCUCAGAUCGGCAGCAUUUUUACUGCUAUUCUAGUAUUAGCUAGGUCUUGCCUUGCAGACGCGCAAUACAAGAGCAGACCUGACCUUUCACCUCCACGUCUGAACAUCACAAUACCGGCGACGUCAGAGGUCGAGUCAGGAUUCAUUUUCACGAGUCCGUAUGGAAGCUCUCUGCUUCCAACUGGCAAAUCCGGUCCCGAGCAGCCUGGAGCAUAUAUUUUUACUGAUACAGGAGAUCUCGUGUGGUCAAGUCUAGGAUAUAUCUCCGGUUUCGUAGCCAAUUUUCAAGCUGGACAAUACGAGGGUCAGGAUGUCAUUUACGCAUUCCAGGGGAUGAUUGACUUAUUACAUGGUCAUGGGUUUGGACGACCUGUAAUCUUGAGUCAGAAGUACGAACUUAUCAAUUAUGUGACGGGCGGCAAUCACAAGGUUUUGGACCUUCAUGAGUUUACCAUUGUUGAUGGCAAAACGGCAUUGGUGGAGAUCUAUCAGCAGACAGUGGCCGAUCUCUCCGCGUUCGGCGCGAAUGAGACUCAAAAUUGGAUUGUAGAUGGCGUUAUACAAGGUUGGUCUUUGCUCUGGUACAUUCUUAAGGAAAUAAGCUCAAGAGACUAAUCUUUAAUAAGAACUGGAUAUCGCUACUGGAAAAUUGAUUUUUGAGUGGACGAGUCUGGACCACGUAUAUCCGAAAGGCGAGUAAACAAAACAACACGUUGACAUGGAGAUGAGGCUAACAAGCCCUAAUAGAAAGCUAUUUCCCUCUAGAUUCUGAAUCUGGAUACACAUCCCGUACUGCAUGGGACUACAUUCACAUCAACAGCGUCGACAAAAAUGCACAAGGCAAUUAUCUCAUUUCCGGUCGGCACACUUCAACCAUUUACAAAAUCUCCUCUAAAACUGGAGAAAUCUCGUGGAAACUCGGUGGCAAAGCCUCAACCUUCACUCUCGGGGAAGGUGUACCCUUCGGAUUUCAGCACGACGCACGAUUCCGAUCCCGUUCAGAAGAUGGACAAAUCGAAAUCAUAUCUUUUUUCGAUAACUCGGCACGUUCCAGCGGCCACCAAGAAGGAGGACUGGACAAAGUGAACGACUACUCUAGUGGCAAAAUUGUGCAAAUCAACCAUACAGAUAACACAGCUACACUCCUUCACUCUGUUAUACAUCCUGAUAAAGUUCUUGCCGCCUCGCAAGGAAACUUGCAAUUCCUACCAAACGGCAAUUCAUUUGUCAAUUGGGGACAGUCGGGAUCGAUCACAGAAUUCGGUUCUGAGGGUGUUCCAGUCUUCAACGCUUAUCUUGACUCUGGUGACCUCGGGUAUGGAGUGCAGAGUUAUAGAGGCUUCAGGUACAAUUGGACUGGCAUCCCUACCGAGACCCCCGCAAUCAUAUCCUUGAAGGAGAGGAACGAUAUAAACAUAUACGUCUCUUGGAAUGGAGAUACCGAGACGAAGAUUUGGCGAUUCUAUGGGAUAAAUUCAGAAACCGCUUUGAGAAAGAAAAGAAGGCCUUUCUUGGUGAGGUAG